UGUCCACUGAACAACACUCAACUUUAUCAACAACUGCUGACAUGACAUGAAGAAAAUCUCGACAACGCUCACGUGACCUCAGAACUCGAUAAAGACGCUUUAAAAAUAAGAUUCACUUCUACACAUCUUUAUACAGCCGGUAUUGAGCAGGAACGCGGGACGGGGCACAACGAGUCCUUUGCGGAAUCGGAGACAGGAACCAGUGCGCGCUUGCGUCAGCCGGCGAACCGAAAUACAGUCCUCGCGAUUCACUGUAUUUGAUUGACUUAAACGACGUCAAUGAUUCAGAAGCAACUUUUUGACUGAAAUGCAACAGCUAGUUUUCCCACUUUGUCGUGUUUUAUUGGAAGCGCACGUUUAUUAUUGCUUUAUUAAAAUAUUAGGCUAUAAUAACAUAGUAAAAAUAUGUUAAUCGACUAGGAAGCUUGUCAGCGCAAAGCUUUAUUUAUUAUUGAAACAUCUCAGGCUGGUUCGCAGGGAGAGGAGCGUCAUUAUUAGUACAGGAUCUGAGCUGAGGGUGGGAUCAGCUGAUGAUAAGUUACACGUGUUAAAGUGCAAGGGUCUUACUUUACUCUCCUCUACCUCAAGAGCUGGAUUAUCACUCUCUUCAGUGUGAUAUGAGAGGUGCACACGACUGAAGAGGAACAAGCCACCCCUCUCAUAUUGCUUUAUUUUAUUGUUUACUCCACCAAUUUCACCAAAGAUGUCCUGCUUGUUGCUUGGAGUACUGAGGAGGCGAAAUGCCAUCAGUACAGCUUCAGUGGGAGCGCGGUCCCUCGCCUCCAUUCCCUCUCUGCCUUCGUCAGUGGCUGACUUUGUGUCUGGCGCAGUGGCUGAGUGUAAACCUGCUAAAGUGCACGUGGUCACAGGCACACCAGAGGAGACGGCAGACAUCCUGGCCAACCUCGAGAAAGAGGGCAUGGUAAAAAAACUCAGCAAAUAUGAAAACUGCUGGCUGGCACGGACUGACCCUAAAGAUGUGGCUCGUGUGGAGAGUAAGACAGUGAUCGUCACGAAGAACCAAAGAGACACUAUUCCCAUCCCCGCCGGAGGUGCUAAGUCCCAGCUGGGCAGCUGGAUGAGUGAGGGAGACUUCCAGAAGGCCAGAGAGGACCGCUUUCCUGGCUGCAUGGCAGGACGCACUAUGUACGUCAUUCCCUUCAGUAUGGGCCCUGUGAACUCUUCUCUUGCUAAGUUUGGUGUUCAGGUGACAGAUUCUCCAUAUGUGGUGGCUAGCAUGGGCAUCAUGACACGCAUGGGGACACCUGUGCUGGAGAAACUAGCAGAGGGGGCGGAGUUUGUGCGCUGCCAGCACUCUUUGGGCCGACCUUUACCACUGAAAGCUCCUUUAGUAAACAGCUGGCCUUGUAACCCAGAGAAGGUCUUGAUCUCACAUCUCCCAGACACCAGGCAGAUCCUAUCCUUUGGCAGUGGUUACGGUGGAAACUCGCUCCUUGGAAAGAAGUGCUUUGCUCUUCGUAUCGCCUCACGCAUCGCCAAAGACGAAGGCUGGUUGGCUGAACACAUGCUGAUUCUGGGAAUCACAAAUCCUCAAGGAGUAAAACGGUACAUUGCAGCAGCGUUCCCGAGCGCUUGUGGGAAAACUAACCUGGCCAUGAUGAAACCGGCACUGCCAGGCUGGAAGGUUGAGUGUGUGGGCGAUGACAUCGCCUGGAUGAAAUUUGACAGUCAGGGUAAACUCAGAGCUAUUAAUCCAGAGAAUGGUUUCUUUGGAGUUGCCCCGGGGACGUCCCUAAAGACCAACCCUCAUGCCAUGGCAACCAUCUCCAGUAACACAGUGUUCACUAACGUAGGAGAGACCAGCGAUGGGGGUGUUUGGUGGGAGGGUCUGGAUCCACCUGCACCUGGAAUUAAACUCACAGACUGGCACGGGAAAUCUUGGAAGUAUGGUGAUUCUACACUGUGCGCUCACCCGAACUCCAGGUUUUGUGCCCCUGCUGGCCAGUGCCCUAUCAUAGACCCACUCUGGGAGAGUGAUGAGGGUGUCCCUAUUGAUGCCAUUGUAUUUGGUGGCAGAAGACCAGAAGGUGUGCCUUUGGUGUACGAGUCAUUUAACUGGCGCCAUGGUGUGUUUGUGGGUGCAGCCAUGAGAUCUGAAUCCACGGCCGCUGCGGAACAUAAAGGUAAAGUAAUCAUGCAUGACCCCUUCGCAAUGCGUCCUUUCUUCGGCUACAACUUCGGCGACUAUCUCGCCCACUGGCUGAGUAUGGAGAAGCGCAAAGGCCCGACCCAGCUCCCUAAGAUCUUCCAUGUCAACUGGUUCCGGAAAGAUCAGAAGACCGGCUCUUUCCUGUGGCCAGGGUUUGGAGAGAACGCCCGUGUCCUCGAGUGGAUCUUCAAACGAUGUGGCCGUACCAGUGAAGAAGAGGCUGCCACCAAGAGCAUUGUGGGAUGGAUUCCACAAAACGGUGCCAUAAACACAGAAGGCCUGGGUGGGAACAUCGAUAUGGGUGCCCUCUUUGACCUGCCCAAACCCUUCUGGCAAAAGGAAACACAGGAGCUUCGGACCUACUUCACCCAGCAGGUUGGAGCUGAUCUACCUGCACAAGUGGAAGGAGAGCUGAGGGCGCUGGAGGAGAGAGUUAGGGAUUGAACAGACGCUACAUUACAUUGAUGUUGAGUAGAUGUGAGGAAUAAGAUUGGUUGAGGUGGAAGUAACUGUUUUAAUGUGACUGACUGUUGCACUGCAUCUGAGAAACCAAAAAGUUCACUAGAUGCCCUCAGUGGUAUCAAUUCCAAGUGCCUUGUUUUAUCUUAAAGUAAAAGCUAAAAACUCUAUUUAAUGUUUACAAGCUAUCUAGCAAAAUGCCAUUUUAGAUUAUUUUCAGUUCAGACAAGACCACAUGAUGAAUUUAAAACAAAACAUCUUAAAAAAUGUAUAGUUUAUGAGUACACUACCUAUUAUAAGCACCAAUAUCAUCAUUUGUACUUGUUACCUUAUGAACACCGAAUUUUUAUUUCCAAAGAAUUUGCCUUGUGUUGGUGAUUCAGGUUGUAAUAUGAUUGACAUGAUUCGGGUUGAGCUAGGGUUGAAGAAUCUGGACCAAAGAGUACCAAAGAGUCUCAGUCAAUGAAUGUGUGUAUGUUUUUACCUGAGCUGACUGAAUAAAUAUAACUCUAAAACAAA